AUGUGCACAAGCAGUGCAAUAGCCGUCCGCUGCGACCUUUCAAGUCACUUGUCACCACUAGUAACGUUGCCAGGCCUCACAGGGGAUGAACCCCAAUCUUCUGGUGCGGAGUACGAUUCGAAACUCAAACGUAUACAACUCCAGCAGUGGUGGGAAUGCGCAUUUCGGCUUACUCCUGACUGGCGUAUUGAUGCGUCUCUUACUGCGAAGUAA